AUGGAGAUAGAGUUUCAUGAGUUUGCUCGUGGCAAACCUACUAUAUCCCCAAUGGACUUCGCUCGCUUAGUCCUAAGGUACACCGUCGUACAUCAGGAUGAUUACCACACCUACAUAAAUCGAGUCAAAGAACGUACCUCUCCAGACGAUAAAGGUGUAACUUUGAGCCAGUGGUCCCGUUUCUCCUUGUUUCUCAAUAAUCUUGAAGAAUUUGCUACAGCCGUCAGACUCUAUGCAAAUGCUGACAUGCCCGUAUCGCCUGCUGAAUUUGCUCGUGCAGUUCAAAGUACUGUA